AGCCGGGAGGAGCGGGGCCGAGCGGGGCCGGUACCGGUGCCGGUGUGCCCGCCGUCAGUCGCGGGGCGAGCGGCGGUGCCUGGGCCAUGCACUCCCUCGCCCAGGAGAUCCGCAGCUUCUCCCGGGCCAACCUGCGGAAGCAGCGCACCCGCGUGACGACGCUGACUGGCAGGAGGAUCAUCGAGACGUGGCGCGGCGCCUGCCUGCAGGUGGAGGAGGAGGGGGCGGAGGCGGCGCCCGGCGGCGGCGGCGGCUACGUGCAGGACCUCAGCGCCGACCUCCAGGUCGGCGUCGUGAAGCCCUGGUUGCUGCUGGGGUCGCAGGAUGCUGCUCACGACCUGGAGACGAUGAGAAAGUACAAGGUUACUCAUGUUCUAAAUGUGGCAUACGGAGUCCAAAAUGUCUUCCUCAAUGAAUUUAUAUACAAGACCAUUUCUAUUCUGGACCUCCCAGAAACUGAUAUUACCUCCUAUUUUCCAGAAUGCUUUGAGUUUAUUGAGAAAGCCAAGAUCCAGGACGGUGUGGUACUGGUCCACUGUAAUGCAGGAGUCUCCCGUGCAGCAGCAGUAGUCAUUGGCUUUCUAAUGAAUUCAGAAAGACUAAGUUUUGCUAGAGCCUUUUCCUUGGUGAAAAAUGCAAGGCCUGCGGCUUGUCCAAAUCCUGGCUUCAUGGAGCAGCUUCACAAGUACCAAGAACAGAAUGUAAAGGCAAAUGGAAGCAUAAAUGAUCAUGACUAAUCAAAAGGGAGAAGUGAAACAAUCUGUUCUGACUACACAGUAACAAUGUUGGAUGUACUUUAAUCUGUCAUUUUACAGUCCCCUUUCACAUGUGCAUUUUAAAGUCUUUACGUUUUUUUUUCUUACCCCCCUUUGACCACUUUUUUUCCCCAGCAUGUAGACUAAAGGCCAAAUGGUAUUCCACUGAUUUCAGAGAUGAUUUUGCCCAAGAACAAGCUCUUCCUAGAGUGCUUAUAAAAAGAUAAAGUUCAAAUUUCCUUGAAAUAUUGGAAAAAAACAGAAUAAUGUUCUUUUUAUUGAACCAUCAGAAAAAAUGCAAGCAUUAGAGAAAGGAAAUAAAAUAACUGAGAAAAGUUGCCCUGUUUAAUACAAAACCGAAUCUAUGCAUUCUAGUUGGUUAUAAAAUCUAGACAAUAAAAUUUUCAUAUAAUAACGUACCUUGCUAUUGGAUUUUAAAUUUAUAUUGCAACUAAAGAUGAUUUUAUUGAAUUUUGUGGGUUAGCCAGCUAUUAAAUGUUUUUCAAAAUUAAAACAGAUGGUCUUUUGAGGAUGCUCAAAAUGUGUAGGAUGCUUUAAUGCUUCAUGUCUUCCUACUGUUUCUCAUCAAGUAGUGAUUUGAAGUGCACUAACGUGGUGUUUUCAAAGUGCUGGAACCAGGCUAUCAGGGGUUUUUGUAGAUAUUUCGGUGGAGAUAUGAAAAAUGCUUAUAAUAAGCUAUCUCUGACUAACUGCUACUGCCUUUUCUUUGCAUUCGGUCAUCAUUUGCUGUCCUCUCACUCCAUUCCACAUCAUGUAUAAAGAACAGACAUCAUAGGAUAGGUAACUUUGACCCUCCUGACAGAUCUCGGGCUGGAAUUACUGUCUUAAGAUGGCAUAUUUAAAAAAAAAAAAAAUUGUAAAAGAUUUUAAUAGUAUUUUUGUGGCCUUCAUGUUAGCUCUAAAUGGUUUGAUAUAUUAAUAUACAAUAAAAUAAAAAGAACACUGUGUUUGGAUAAA